AACCAACUGAUGUUUACCCCAAGAUUUUAACUUUGUUCACGCUUUUGGUGAUUUCAUGUGGCAGAUUAAUUUGGGAAGUCGCAACAAGUUCUGCCAUUUUAUUUAAUUUCGAGUGAAGUGCAGUUUCAAUCAUGGAGCACGAGGAAUAUGCUCGUGAGCUAGCUGCUCAUUAUAAAAUUAACCCCCAUUUGCCGUAUCAUUCUAUAAUUGAAGAACUGAAAAAUGUGCUUGAUUCCAAGCGUUCAGAUCUGCAAAAGCUUUAUAAAAUGAAAGCUGGGGUACAGAAGUUACAGGAUGCUGCGGGUGGGAGUUUUUCUGCUGUCGUUCGUUCAAGCAGCGACUUCAUAAAUGGACCAAUUUUAUCUGGACCUAAAGAAAGUUACACCUUGGAUCGAAGAUCUAGUCGUGUCACCACUUCAGAAGUCAUUAAAGGAAUUAACAGUGACGUUCAAGACUUGGCAGAGGAUAUCGGAGAUUUAGAAACGUCGCUUCUUUUACUAAAGCAUUACCAACCCAGUUUAGAUUGCCAGAAUUCUGUUGCCAACUCAGUUGGUGGUUGCGAUAGCAUAGAACAGCGUCUGGGAGAGUUGCAAAAAGCCUUGGAUAUAGAGUUGCAGGUUCGCAGUGGGGCAGAGCGUCUAAUUCAGACUUAUAAAUCAGGUCCUCGUCAUAUUCUUGAUGAAGCUAAGAAACAGUAUGAAAAUGCCAACAACAAAAUUGGAUUUAUUCGUAAUCAAAUGAUUCGUGUGAAACAAAUGAAUGAAGGAUUUUGCCAGUCAGAUACGUCAUCCCUUGGGUCAGGUGCGGACAGUUUAUCUGAUACAGCUAAAACUAACGGUUCUAUGACGACAUCUGUGUCUAACAACCAAGAGAAUUUUCUAAUAUGGAAAGACAAAGUGAUAGAGUUGGCACACCGUUUACGAGUUGAACGUGCUUUAUUCACUGGUAGUCGGAAGGCUGUUAAUGCCGUUUUGGACAAUCAAGCUCAUGUAGAUAAAUACAGAAAACUGCAGGUUCUUCAGGAGGCUCGUGAAUCACUCCACAGGCUUUACCUAUUUCAAGAAUCAAUAAAACCACUUCUGAAAAGACCACCAUCAACACAGUCAUCCGAAAUGAUUUCUUCUAUUGUCGAUGACCCAGAAAUGACUUUACUAUUAUCUCCGCCGUGGUCUAAUACUUCGUUCCAUGCAAAUAGUUCACUGACGAUACCAAACCCACCUACUGCGAUUACCGGCAGUCUGGAAGUUCGAUGUUUAGGUUGCCAGGAUAUUGUGGAUGUGUUUCCAGCAGACCUUGUAAAUAACGAACUUUCAGGCACAUCGACCAACAAAGGGAUUAAUGCGAUCCAAACAGUUAUGACAUCACGUAUAUCAGAUAAUCAUUGGGUGGAUGUUCGAUGCUCUUUACUCGUCGAUCAUAAACGCGUUUGGGACUCGCCAUGGCGGCAGCCUAAUCAACAGUGUUGGGAUGCAAAAACCACUUUCAGUAUUGAUCGAGGCAAAGAACUAGAAGUUCAGGUAUACUGGAAACGUAUGAUUCUUCCGUCAAACUCAUCCAACUCAACCAGUCCUUCAGCAUCUACUGCUUCAAAUAAAAGUGGAUCAUUUGAUGAUUCUGGUUCUGGACUCGAAUGGGUAUUGGCGGCUGUAAAUUACUUACGUCUAGAGGAACUACUCAGUGGUGAUUCACGUUCCGUACUUCUUCCUAUGCUACCGAAGGGAAAGGUUUUCCUUGUCGUUAAAUUCUCUGAUCCCCUUCUUUCGAAACCACGGUGCAAUUUACAUCGUCAAAAACGUUUGUUUUCCAAACGCAAAGGUCACAAUAUUCCACGUAUUAAUGAACUCGAUAUGAAUAUCCCCUUAUGGACUCGUAUGCUCAAAAGUGGUCAAUUGUCUAAAAUGAAUCGAUCUGUUGGUGGUGGUGGUUCUUGGACACUAAGUCAUUCAGGAGAAUAUGGUUCUUCAGGAUCUGUAUUGAUGCAUGGUCUGGAAGGUCGUUUCCAUCAGUUGAAUACAUCUCUUAAUGAUUCACCGGUUCUUGCUCAUGCUGUUGAUGAAAAAAUUCGGCUAAAUAGUUGUAAAUCCUACACACCACAACCUACCUGUCCCACUCAGUCAUACGGUUCAUCUAAUACCUCCCUUACGACUCCUCAGCGUCCACUACUUACAAUUGUUCGUGAAAUAGAUACUUCAUCUGACGAAGAAAUGCCAUUUAUCGAGACUGAGAUAAAAAUCUCAUAUGAGAAAACCGUUUCGGCUGGGGACACUGGCGGCACUCCUCACUCACCAACAUUUCGUCGUCCACCUAUUUCAAGUAACUGUUCAGUGUCUUCGGAUUAUGAUGUUGCACCAGUUGUCAUUGAAUACUCUGGUGACAAUAAAGCUAUUUCUAAACCUCAUACAUCACGUACUUCAGAUUAUGCUAGUCCAGAAGAGCUUACUAACAAAGAAAUACUUUCCAAUUUGAAUCAAAAUGAUAUCAAUUCACGCAACACAGAUUAUGUUAAUAUGGAUGUACAUCGAUCAAAUUCAGGUCCUGUAGUAUUGUCUACAGAGAAAGAAAGUAAAGAAUUUCCUGCUCCACAAUCUCCACUCACUCCAGUUUCAGAAACUUCCACUCCUUUGCCACCUGACAAACCCACAACAGUGCUAAGUAUGAUCGAUUUUCGCACUGUCGCUGUACUUGGACGUGGUCAUUUCGGUAAAGUUUUACUGGCUCAAUAUCGUGAGAAUAAUCAAUACUAUGCAAUAAAAGCGUUGAAAAAAGCAGAAAUCAUAUUUCGCAAUGAAGUUGAUACAUUAUUGGCAGAGAAGCGUAUCUUUCAAAUCAUUACUGAUGCUCAGCAUCCAUUUCUCAUAAAUUUAAUUGCUUGUUUUCAGACAAAGGAACAUGUAAUGUUUGUCAUGGAGUAUGCUCAGGGCGGUGAUCUUAUGCUCCAUAUUCAGCAAGAUGUGUUUAAGGAACCACGUGCUGUAUUUUAUGCUGGAUGUGUUGUCUUAGGUAUUGAGUUUCUCCACUCAAAGAAGAUUGUAUAUCGGGAUUUAAAGCUGGACAACUUACUUUUGGACUCCGAGGGAUUUGUAAAAAUGGCUGAUUUCGGUUUGUGUAAAGAAGGUAUGGGCCCAGACGAUCGAACGUCUACAUUUUGUGGGACACCUGAAUUCUUGGCUCCUGAGGUGCUCACAGAUUCUUCGUAUACCCGCGCUGUCGACUGGUGGGGUUUGGGUGUACUUAUUUUUGAAAUGCUUGUUGGUGAGUGUCCUUUCCCGGGUGAAAGUGAAGAAGAAAUCUUCGACAGUAUAGUCAAUCAAGAAGUCCGCUAUCCCCGUCAUUUAAGCAUGGAAGCUACUAUAAUAAUGCGACGUCUUCUACGACGAAAUGCUGCACAACGACUAGGAUCUUCUGCUCAAGAUGCUGAAGAGAUUAAAAGGCAACCGUUCUUCCGUAAACUUGACUUUGCAGCUCUUCUAGCUCGUAAAAUAAAACCACCAUUCGUUCCCGUUGUUUCUAAUCCUGAAGAUGUAUCCAACUUCGAUGAAGAAUUCACCAAGGAACGAGCAGUUCUUACACCAGCCAAAGAACGUCCACCACUUCUUGAAGCAGAUCAAUUCAAUUUCCAGAAUUUCGAUUAUAAUUCACCUUCUAUAUUAUAGAAGAAUAUAUGUCCGGUAAAUGUGUUGGAUAAUGUUUCUCUCCAGCCCCUCCACCCCUCUCAAACCUUAGCACACAAUGAACACUUUUCACCCAUUUUCCUUAUACUACCGUCUUGUCUUAUCCUUUUUAUGUCUUUUCAAAGAUCUCUUUUCACUCUGAUUCUCUAUUUCGCCUUUUUUAUGUGUCUUCCAACAAUCCAUAUAAACAGUGUAUUUAAAUGUGUUGUAUUUUAAGGAAGACACAAUUUUUAACAGGUUUAAUUCCAUUAUAAAUAAAUAAAUAAUAUAUAUAUAAGUAAUAUAUACAUAAUAUUUGAAGCAUGUUUUUAUUGGUUUUUAUUGUUGCAGUAGUACUACACAAACAACUAAAUUUUGAUCAAAUUGAAUUGCAUACUUGAUAAUAUAUGUAUGUUUAAUCAUUCCUGUAUUUCCUCCUGACUGGCUGGCUGACAACUAUCACUCACAUUUAUUCUUUUUCCCUAUGAAACGUUGUUAAUGAUAUCCAAAUUUUACCAAAGUUAUUUACACUAAUUUUUCCUUGUUUUAUUCAAGAUUUACAGUUGUUUUACAUCCUUGAAGUUAUUUUAUGUUCCUAUCUAUCGAUGUAUGUAUGUAUGUACAUACGGUAUGGCUUUUUUAUUAUUAUUAUUAUCAUUAUUAUUUUAUUAUUGUUUUCUUCUUAACAAAUAAAAGUAUCAUUUUAACCAACAACUUUAAUCGUAAUAUCUUCUUUAUUUUUUUUGCUGUGCAUAUUAUAUUUUAAUUAUUCCUCUCUCUUUCGAUUUUCUCUUGUUUAGGCGAUAAGUAGGCUGGCAACAGGAAUUUUCUUCUUUCUUUCUUUCUUUCCAUCUUUUUUGCUCUUCUUUGGUUGACAAUUUCUGACUAUACCUUUCUUUAUACCCCAUUAUCUAUCGGAUAGAAGUUUCUCUCUCUCUCUCUCCCUCUUUCCUCUUCGUUUUCAUUGUCCAGUCAUCACAGAGUAAAUUCAUACAACAAGAUAUAAAUACACACAAACACACACGCAUAUAUACAUACACACACAAUGUUUGUAAAGAAAUUAAAAUCUCUAAAAAAAUAAUAUUAAUAAUAAUAAUAAAUAUAUUUAUG